UCCUUCCGCGUUUGAAGAAGAAGAACAACAACGCGUACCUGAACACCGGGGGACUAUAGAGUAUAAUAAUCCGUGUUUCCCCCGAAGCCUUCCUUAGUUUCAGUUUCUAACUUCUCUACACUGAGAAGGGACUUCUUCGUAACUUAAAACAUUUUGAACCUUUCUUUGACUUCCAGGGAUUAAAACAACAUGCCUAUAGCGUCCGUAGCUACGGAGUAUGUUUUCACGGACUUCUUACUGAAAGAGCCGAGUACAGAUGGGAAGUAUAAAGGCGCGCGCCUGGACCUGGCCCUGGACAAGCUGGUCCUCUGUAUUGCAGUCGGUUUGCCGCUGUUGUUAAUCUCCCUGGCCUUCGCUCAGGAGGUUUCAGUCGGUACUCAGAUCAGCUGUUUCUCUCCUUCAAACUUCUCCUGGCGACAGGCCGCGUUUGUGGACGCCUACUGCUGGGCAGAUGUACAGAAACAGAAUACGGGGGGACUUCCACUGUCUAUGCAUAAGUUUUUCCCCUACAUCCUCUUAUUAGUAGCCAUGCUGGUGUACCUCCCAGCCUUGUUUUGGCGAUUCACAGUGACCCCUGGUCUCUCCUCCGAUCUGACCUUCAUCAUGGACGAGCUGGACCGCUCUUACAACAGCGCCAUCAAACUGGCCAGGCGUCUUCACGGCAACACCACCAACCAGGACACACACGGCUCUGUACCAGACCUGACAGACACCUGUUUUAAGUAUCCUUUGGUGGAACAGUAUCUGAGAACUAAGCGUCUUUCCUUCGGCCUGCUGCUGCGCUACCUGCUGUGCCGAGUCUUCACCUUCUUGGCUCUGGUCCUGACCUGCGUCUACCUGUGUUACUACAUUCGGCUGUCUGUAACGGACGAGUUUCAGUGCGACAUCCGCUCAGGUGUGCUGUUGAACGACUCGUUCGUGCCCAAAGCCCUGCAGUGCAAGCUGGUAGCCGUGGGCGUGUUCCAGCUCCUCAGUUACAUCAACCUUGCUGUGUACUUGCUGCUGGCACCCACAUGUGUGUACGCCAUGCUGGUUCCCCCGAGGAGCUCAGCUGCUUUCCUGAAACCUUACGAGAUGCUGCCCACACUUGGGGUGAUGGAGUUCGGACCUAGAGCUUGGGAUGAUCUGGCGAUGUACCUGCUGUUUCUGGAAGAGAACCUGAGUGAACUGAAAAGCUACAAGCGCCUGAAGGUAUUAGAGCUCCUGAAGGAGUCUGGAGACGAGCAGUUUGACACCCUGCUCCUGCUGCAGGCUCUGGGUCAGGUUAAAACAGAAGUGGAUGGGAAAGGGCAGAAGACCAACACCAACAUGGAGAAGAGCGGGGGAAACUGUGUAGAGAUGAAAGAAGUCUCUCCUCUGCUGACUGCGAACAGCGACGGGACAUCUCGAGAGGACACGGCGGUGCGCCAGAGAAACACAUGAUGUGCCACAGAGUCACAUGACGGUGAUGUGGGUAAAAUGCAAAUGAUUGUCUGAGGCUUCAUGCACUGUGGUCAAGGAAGCAGACGCCGGAUGGUGGUAAUCCUGUGUGUGGGUGGGGGGUUGAGAAAUGCACUUGGUUUAAAAGAAUUGCAUGAACUGAUAUCUUCAUUGCUGUCAUAUGCCGUGUUUACCUAUUUUUUUUAUCGUACGUAUGAGGUGAAUAUGCGCUAACAGUACAUCACUCUUUAUCUAACUGGGAACUGCAAAACUGACAGUUUACUUGGGGAUGAAGACGAGUUUUGAGUUACUUACUCACUAUAGAUUAUUCUUAUUAUCAUCAAAGGUCCUUACCACUAAUUUAAUACUGUUUUAUGAUAAACUGACGGUCACAGCAUCAGGAAUGUACAUUUAGGACUUCACUAUAUAAAAACCAAACAACCUGAUAUCACGGUUUGCAGUGACUCAAGUGUCUCGCUCUGUCGCAAAAAUGUUGUUGUUGUUGUUUUCAUUAUUUAUAAGUCUUGUUUGUUAGGGGAGAUUUUAGUAUUUGUUUCUUUUUCUCUGUAUUAAUAUUAGCAUGCUAGUUUUGUUUUGGAGGGGAAAAUCCUUUACAGCUAGUUAGCUAGCUAAUAUUUUUUUUAAGGUGUCGUUCGUUUUCUAAUUUACGUGGCUAUUGGAUGGGAGCGAUUGCUACGCUGCUGUAACGCAAACAACAAGCAAACCAGAUCCAUGGGAACGUAUUCACUUCCCAUUGUAUUUAGAAACCAGUCUGUGCAUGUUGUAAAAGUGGAAUAUAAGGAACCUUCAGUGUAAAUUUCUUGGAUCUUUUGUAAACAUCUUCGUGAUACGGCUCGGAGCGUUGCGGUCUCAUUUUUAAAGACGAUGAUAAAUGCCAAAAAUGCAUGUAAUUUAUUGUUAUUAUUGUUUUUUAAAAGUGUAGAUUUUUGUUAAUAAUAUGGUACUUGUGAUGUCAUUAUCCAUGUUGGUAUAGAAUAUUGUUGUUGUUGUUGUUCUUCUUCUUAUUAUUAUUAUCAUUAUUAUUUCAGCUCAUUAUGCUAUGCUAUUAAACCUGUUAAGACGAUCAGUUUUUGGAAUGUCUGAGGAACAUCUGGAAUUGUUGCUGGUUUUAUUCAUUGUGGUCCUGUAAAGCGGAUAAUUCUUAAAGCUACUGUAAAACAGUAUGAGGUAUUUUAUCCUAAUUCUCUAUGAUCAUGAAACUUUUGCGGUUUUAUUGUAGUCAGUUGUUUGUAAUUGUAGUAAAGUGUAGUCCUUUUAGAUCUCAAAGGUUCAUCUCUGACUGGUAUUGAUGGGGUUUCUGUUACGAUAUGUUUGCUGCCGACUCUGGAUAGCAUGUUUGCUAUGCAUGUGUUUUUUGUUUUUGUUUUUUUUAAAGAUGCAGGAUUCAUCUUUUUUUUUUUUUUUUUUCUUAGUAAUAAAUUUUUUUUCAUUUUAACCCACUUGUGGAGUUUGCAUUUUAUCAGAUAAUUUAUAAAAAGCAUAGGAUAGAUCAUUAAAGGAUCGUUUCUGUCAUUGUAUAAUCUGUUGUAAAAUUCUUUAUAUACUGAUCAGGCAUAAGAUUAUGACCACCUGCCUAAUAUUGCGUAGGUCCCCCUUUUGCUGCCAAAACACAACAAACCGUGAUGCACUGUGUGUUCUGACACCUUUCUAUCAGAACCAGCAUUCACUUCUUCAGCAAUUUGAGCAACAGUAGCUCGUCUGUUGGAUCGGAUCACACGGGCCAGCCUUCGUUCCCCAUGUGCAUCAAUGAGUCUUGGCCGCCCAUGACCCUGUCGCCGGUUCACCUCUGUUCCUUCCUUGGGCCAUUUUGAUAGAUACUGACCACUGCAGACCGGGAACACCCCACAAGAGCUGCAGUUUUGGAGAUGCUCUGAUCCAGUGGUCUAGCCAUCACAAUUUGGCCCUUCGUCAAACUCGCUCAAAUCCUUAAGCUUGUCCAGUUUUCCUGCUUCUAACACAUCAACUCUGAGGACAAAAUGUUCACUUGCUGUCUAAUAUAUCCCACCCACUAACAGGUGCCAUGAUGAGGAGAUCAUCAGUGUUAUUCACUUCACCUCUCACUGCUCAUAAUGUUAUGCCUGAUCAGUGUAGAUGCACACCUCUAAACAUAUCACACUAACACCUAGUGGAAGCUGUGGAGGUCUGACUACACAAAGCAUGACUUUUCUUGACUGCCUUUAUCAGAUCCAAGCAUUUUUGGAGUAAAUGUGCAUCCCAGGGACGCUUAGCUUAUUCUCUGAUCAUUUCCAAUAUUACACAGAAAUUCAAUGUUUUCAUAUUUUUAGAAAAAUAACAGUGGAAAUACGGCAUAUUACAGUGGCCAUAUUUCGAGUUACCUCUCACACAAUAUCGUAGUCUCACUCCAUUUUGACUGAAUAACACAGUACGACUUAACCAUCCAUCCCUCCAUCCAUUGUCUAUACCCGCUUUAUUCCUAAAUAGGGUCACGGGGGUCUGCUGGAGCCUAUCCCAGCGCACAUAGGGCAAAAGGCAGGGGUACACCCUGGACAGGUCACAGUCCAUCGCAGGGUGCCAUUUAUCAGGUCACAGGGAGCCUGUGCCUAUCUCAGGAGGCAUCUCAUCGGGCAUCAAGGCAGGAUACACCCUGGACGGAGUGCCAACCCAUGGCAGGGCACACACACACUAUGGGCAAUUUAGAGACUCCAAUCAACCUAGAUGUAUGUCUUUGGACUGUGGGAGGAAACGCACCAAGCACGGGGAGAACUCCACACACACACAGUGAGCGGGAGCAAGACUCGAACCCAGGACACUGGAGAUGUGAGGCGAACGUGCUAACAAGCCAAUCAGAGCUCAGCCUCAAGUCACAUGCUUUACAGAGCUGCAUACACACUCGUUGGAAAUGAACAGUGGAAUAGUACGACUAAAUGAUUUUAUUUUGUUAUUAAAAUAUGUAAUUAUUA